AUGAUGCUUCCGAAAUCCCUCCUCCCUCUCUCCAUAAUGUUCCUCCCAUGCGCCCAAGCAUGCCUCGAAGUCGUCGGCACCCUUUUCGUCUCCCACUCUACCUCCUGGAACGUGCAGUUGAAAGAUGACGGGACCCAAACUUGCAGCUUUAACUGCAAUGCAUGGACGACUACCUGCGAUGCCACCUGCAAUGAUGGCUAUAAGGCCAAAUGGACAACGACUACAGAUUGGAGACAUCAGCCAGGAAAGCUGCACUAUGACACACCUCAUGGGUCGUACGACCUGGAUGUGCCAGUUGAGCCCGGCUCAGAAGUGACGUAUAAUUGCUGUGGUGGCAAUGUCCCGUGUCAAUGCACACAGAUUACUUACCGAGGAAGUUUCUGGUGCUGA